AUGCGUCCACUGGUUGAAGGAAUAGUGAAACUGGAAAUGUGGAAGCAGGAUGAUCAGCUGAAGCCGGAGAAGGAGAAGGCGGCGGAGGAGUUGGGGAAGCAUGUGGAAUCCCGACAGCAGGAGUAUGGAUUGCGUCGAGCAGUGGAGUUGAUUGCGUCGGUGACGGUCGGCACACACUCGACGCGGACUUUCCCGGUGAAGUGGCAAUCCAUCCGCGCUAAGCUCGAUCGGCUCCACUCCGACCUCUCCAAGGCGUUGCUCCUUCUAGACUCCGCGUCGGCCUCCGACAACGGCGGCCAUGCCGGCGAGCUCUCCGCCCUUGGUGUCCGGUCGAUCAUUGCAACGCUGCAUAAAUGUGCCGCCAUGGCGCACAUCUGCACGGAGCUGACCUACAGUGGGAAGCUUCUGAUGCAGAGCGACCUUGACAAGAUCUGCGGUCGCCUCGACGAGCAUCUCCGGCGCAUAGACGCUGCGUAUCAGUCGGGAGCCCUUGCUGCCCAUGCUCUGGCGAUCGUCGUCUCCCGGCCUCCCGCCGGUGCACCUCGAGAGGACGUUCAGUUUUUCGUGCGCGACCUCUUCACUCGUGUGCAGAUCGGAACCAGAGCCAUGAAGGUCGAGGCACUCCGGGCACUUGAGGAGAUCGUCUGCGAGGAGAAGUACCAGAGGAUCGUCGUCCAGACCGGCGAGGUAGCUCAACUGGUGGUGGUUUUGGAGUCGGACGACGUCGAGCUCAGCAAUAAAGCGGCAAGAAUUCUAGCAGCAAUCGCUCGGAACGAAGAGCACAAGGCUGAGCUCGUCUCCGCCGGAGUCAUCCCCCCGGCAAUCAGGCUUUUGGAGAAGGGCAGAGGCCAAGGGAGGGAAGCCGCCGCCGUGGUGCUUAACCGACUCACUGCUUACUCAGAGAACGCAUGGUCAGUUUCAUCUCUAGGAGGAGUAACGGCGUCGUUAGCCGCCUGCCACACCACGGAGAGCGUCCUUCGGCGAGAGGCAGCCGGGAUACUGAGGAACCUGGCAGGAGUGGAGGAGAUCCGGCGGUUCAUGGUGGACGAGGGCGUUGCCUCGGUCGUCAUCCGCCUUCUAAAUGCAGGCGAUGACGACACAAAGAUUUAUGCGACUGAUUGCUUACGAAUGAUGUCAUCCGGCGACGGAUUUUCUAAGAACUUAAUUGUUAAGGAGGGUGGUGUCCAGUCGCUGGUGUCUACUUUGGGUUCGAAGUCGCCGGAGUGCCGGGAGUUGGCAUUGCAGGCCAUCGGAAACUUGGUAUCGUCACCAAACUCGGCAAAGAUCGUCGUUCUUUCCGGCUUCCUCGGCUGGAUCCCUUUGAUCCUUAGAUUCGGAGAGUUUGGAAAGCAGCAGCCUGCGGUGCGGGCCGUGAGAGACCUUGUGAAGCUAUCCGAUGAGGCAAAACGUGCUGCCGGAGACGCGGGAAUCAUGCCGGAGUUGCUCAAGCUUCUCGACGCAAAGUCCGUCGCAGUGAGAGAGAUGGCCGCGGAGGCAAUAUCGGAGAUCCUCACCGUCCCCAAAAGCAGGAACAAGUUUGUUCAAGAAGAUCACAACAUCGUUCGCGUCCUCCAAGUGCUCGACUCAGACACCGGCACCGGGGUGCGACAUUUUCUCCUUCUUGGUCUCAUUUCGGUAUCAGGUUCCCCGACGGGCAGACGGAAGAUCGCGUCGUCCGACAAGGCGCACGCCGUCGAGCGGCUCGCAGCGGCUGAUGACCCGGAGGCGAGGCGCAUUCUCCGGCGCAUAGCCGGCAGCAAAUUCAAACAGAUCCUUGGCGGCAUUUGGAGAUCAUGA